GCUCUGAGGGGAUCCGCCACUGAGUGUGGAGCCUGCAGCCUUGUCCUCCCCCGCGUCCCCUGCCUGGCCUGCUGCACCCAGGCCCCAGACGGCUCCGGUUCCCGCGGGCUGGCGCUUACCCAGCCAGGCCCAGUGCUUCCUCGCCUACUGCGUUUGAACGACCGGAAAACUUUAGAUGGUUUUGCUCCGGAUUGGCAAUUUGGGUUUGAGGGCCAUCAAAAAGGGCGCCUCAAGCAGCUGUCAGAUGCCUGUAUACUGUAAUGCCCUCUUGGCGCGUUUUUGCUACUUUCUUUCACCGCCUCCGCGAACUCCCACUCCCAAAUCCUUCAGAUCACCCACCCUCCCUUAUUUGUGAAUGCAGCAUUUCCUCUGUGGAGUUCUGCUCAACUCCGUGCUGCCUGCCCAGUGCCGGUUGCUGGCCCUGGGAAAGGGUUUCUUUCUCAAUCCACUUGUACUUCUCCCUAGAGGUACUGGGAUGCCAUGAGCACCCAUUUUCAGUUAACUCUGAUGGACUGCCCUGGGUUUACCAAUUAAGCAACGUGGGGAGGUUUUAGAUCUGAAAGAGGCUUCGUGGGAGAUAGAAUGCCUCUGCAUCCCAAGAGUCCCCACGGUUUUUGUGUUAUUGAUGAGGUUUUGGAGGGGAAGUUUUACAGAGGAAAUGUGACCCGAAUAUUGAAGAAACCCAAGAUAGAAUUGGCCUGGAGAUGACUAUCUCUGAGGAAAGGUUUGGAUAGGAAAACAGUGGCAAACAAAUGAAACUGAAAUGUGAGGACUCCUGGACAGAUUGGAAUCCUGAUUAAAGCAAAAGAUCUCUGUUGGGGAGGAAUAAGAGCUUCUUGGUCCUGAUGUCUGACCAUGGAGAUGUGAGCCUCCCACCCGAAGAUCGGGUGAGGGCUCUCUCUCAGGUGGGGAGUGCAGUGGAAGUGAGUGAAGACAUUCCACCCCGUCGGUACUUCCGCUCUGGAGUUGAGAUUAUUCGAAUGGCAUCCAUUUAUUCUGAAGAAGGCAACAUUGAACAUGCCUUCAUCCUCUAUAACAAGUAUAUCACGCUCUUUAUUGAGAAACUACCAAAGCAUCGAGAUUACAAAUCAGCUAUCAUUCCUGAAAAGAAAGAUAUAGUAAAGAAAUUAAAGGAAAUUGCAUUUCCCAAAGCAGAAGAGCUGAAGGCAGAGUUGUUAAAACGAUAUACUAAAGAAUAUGCACAAUAUAAUGAAGAAAAGAAGAAGGAGGCGGAGGAAUUUGCCCGGAACAUGGCCAUUCAGCAAGAGCUGGAAAAGGAAAGACAGAGGGUAGCACUACAAAAGCAGCAACAGUUGGAACAGGAACAGUUUCAUGCGUUUGAAGAGAUGAUCCGGAACCAGGAACUGGAAAAGGAGCGACUAAAAAUUGUACAGGAGUUUGGGAAAGUGGACACUGGCCUAGGUGGCCCACUGGUGCCUGACUUGGAAAAGCCCUCUUUAGAUGUGUUCCCCACCUCGCCUGUCUCAUCAACACAGCCUUCAGACUGUAAUUCAACUCUAAGGCCAGCCAAGCCACCAGUGGUGGACAGGUCCUUGAAACCUGGAGCGCUGAGCAACUCUGAAAGUAUUCCUGCAAUCGACGGUUUGCGUCAUGUGGUGGUGCCUGGGAGGCUGUGCCCACAAUUUCUUCAGUUAGCCAGUGCCAACACUGCCCGGGGAAUAGAAACAUGUGGAAUUCUCUGCGGAAAACUGAUGAGGAAUGAAUUUACCAUUACCCACGUUCUCAUCCCCAAGCAAAGUGCUGGAUCUGAUUAUUGCAACACAGAGAAUGAAGAAGAACUUUUCCUCAUACAGGAUCAGCAGGGUCUCAUCACACUGGGCUGGAUUCAUACUCAUCCCACACAGACCGCCUUUCUUUCCAGUGUUGACCUACACACUCACUGCUCCUACCAGAUGAUGUUGCCAGAGUCAAUAGCCAUUGUCUGCUCCCCCAAGUUCCAGGAAACUGGAUUCUUUAAAUUAACUGAUCAUGGACUAGAGGAGAUUUCUUCCUGUCGCCAGAAAGGAUUUCAUCCACACAGCAAAGAUCCACCUCUGUUCUGUAGCUGUAACCAUGUGACUGUUGUGGACAGAGCAGUGAUCAUCACAGAUCUUCGAUGAGAAUUUGACUCACACACCUGAAAACUAAAAAAUCAUGUCAGUGUACUGUAGCCCCUUAAUAUGAGCUUUCCGGAAAGCUUUCAGAGCUUUUUAAGACAGAACAGGAAAGGGGCAUCACCUGGGGAAGAACUGAUUUUUCUGUAUCUGGUUUGAAAUGAAAGAAUUGGAUAUAUUUUUUAGGAAAAUCUUGAAAUAAGCAUGAUAAUACUAAAGCAAUUAACUCCAAAAUUAAAUUUUUAAAAGGGUAUAAUGAACACUCACAUACCCUUCUUUCUAGAUUCACAAAUUGUUAACCUUUCAUUGCUCUCAGCUAUCUUCUAAUUUAUCUGCCAACUUGUUAUUAUCUACCUUUUGACUAAAUGAGGGCAUCUAUACAGAAAUUUGGAAAAUUAGAAACUCUUUGGGAUUUUCCUUUGGUUUAGGCAAUAUUAAUGGCAUUGAUUACAAGGGUGAGGGGCAGCUCACUAUGUCUGAGCAGAUGGUGAGGCUCAGAAACCCUGAAGAAUGAUGUUAUCAGGAAUUAUGUUAUUUAACAAAUACUUCAGGAUAUUUUUGCUCUGUAAUAAAGUAACACUUAACUUAU